CACUCGCCUCUCCGCUCCGCACUUGCGUCUCACCACCACCUUCCUUCUGCUGUCUACACACACGCCUCUUCGCUUCUCACACCCGUAGCGCGCCCUCUCGCGCAUCGUUCGCCCACCUGAACCCCAGCAUGUCUUUGCGGCCUGCGCUCCCGCCGGAGCCGGCGCAGCUCGAGGCGCUGGCCGCACAGCUGCGCGCCCUCGUCGCCGGCGACGUGCUGGUGCGUCCUGCCGCGCAAGAAGCAGCAGCCGCAGCAGCCGCAGCGCCAGCCUCCGCCUCGGCCCCGCCAGAGGCAGGGCAGCCGCAACAGAAGACAGACGUGGCCGCCGAGCGCUUCGCCUCGCACACGCGCCUCUUCAACUGCGCCGCGCUGCCAAGCUGCUUUCUCGUCGUCUGCCCACGACACACUGCCGAUGUCGUCGCCGUCGUCAACUUCUGCCGCGAGCACCAUCUCUCUCCCUCCAUCAAGUCCGGCGGCUUCUCCACAGCCGGCUGGUCCACGUCGGGAGAUGUGCUCGUUGACAUGAGCGGCCUGUCUCGCAUCUCACUGACGCAUCCCGACGAGUACGUCUUCGGGCAGCUGUCGUCUGCCACAAGCAGUGCGCCGGCCUUGCGAAGCAGCAAGAACGAUGCCAACUCGCGGCGUCGCAAGGCGGAAGAGGCAUUCGAUUCACCGUCGCCUUCCGCCUCUGCAAGCAAGCGACGCUCCUCUCCUGAUCCCUGCGACGUUGCCGAGUCCAGCGCCCGCAGCAAUGCUGGCGGCCACGUCUCGCGGAGCGGCAGUAGUGCGGGCAGCAGCAGCUCCGGCGCACUGGCGUCUGCUGUGGAGCAGGCCGAGAACGGCACCCUCUCAAGCGCGAGCGGGAGCACGGGCGCGGGCGCGGGCAGUACAGCUGGUACAUCGAUCCACUCUCGCGCCAGCGGCAGUCCUUCCGAGGCCAAGACCGACUCGCUGCCCGCGCCUGCACCCGCACUGCGGCCUACGCUGCGCCACGGCGCCAAUCCUGCGUACGUCUUCGAGCAUGAACGCUGGCAGCGCCAUCACAAUCCACCCGACUCGCCGUCGAGCUGCGGCAACAAUGGCGGCAGCUCUGCACGCGUGCAGCUGCCGACAUCGGGAGGCUUUACCUGGCGGGAGGGCCAAGGCAUGACGAGCUCGCCAUUGCCAUGGGACGGCAGCUCCUUGGCUGGCGGCAGCUCGGGCGCCUCAUGCGACGCACCAGGCAUGCCGCACAGCGGCGCGUCACCUGCGCUGGGCCACCUCUCGCUGGCGCAAGAAGCAGCGAUGGGAGGCCAGCGACGGCCGAAGCAGACGUUGGCGCCGGGCAUCUACACCAAGCGUGCAUUGUACGCAUCGUUUGGCCCUGGCGUGGGCAUUCGAGAGCUCGACGCCUACACCUCCGAGGCGGGCAAGGCGUUCGGCGCGGCGUCCGACUCGAAGGCCAAGGAGAAGGGGUGGAACAAUGGCGAUGAAGGCGCGCCGUACUUUGUCCCGGCGAGCGCUUAUCCCGUCGGCUCUACUUCUAUGACGACGGGAGGCUUUGGCUUUCUGACGCGUGCCUAUGGCCUCUCGUUUGACAACAUUGUCGAGCUCGAGCUCGUCACUGCCGAUGGAGAAGUGCAUGUGAUCAACGAGAGCUCUACAGCGCGCGGCGGCGUCGAAGCCGAUCUCUGGUGGGCCGCUCGCGGUGCUGCGCCCUGUCUUGGCGUGGUGACGCGCAUCACAGCAAAAGCCUAUCCCGUCUCUUCAGUCUUCAGCGGCAACCUCAUCCUUCCCUUCUCUCCCUCAACUGCACCUUCCUUGAUCCAACAUUGGCGCGACGUCCUUAAGGGCGACGUUCCCCGCGAGCUCUACGCGAACCUCAUCCUCACCUCCGGUCCCGACUCUCGUUCCCACGUCGUCGUCAUCCAACUUGCCUGGCUUGGCGCUCGCAACGACGGCGAAACAUUCGUGCAAGCCUUGAGCGCAUGGAGCGGCGAGCGUGUCCUGCUCAAAGACGUGCAGGAGAAGAGCUUCCUCGAUCAGCAACAGACUGUAGCGCAGGUGCUGCGAGGCGGCGAAGGUCGGCGAUGGAGUGUCCGCGCCGGCCUCAUCGAGGCACUCACCGACGAACUCAUCGCAUCGACGGUGCACAAUUUUGUCGCGCUGCAAACGCAUGCGCGCGCCGUGCUCAUUCUGGAGCUGGCCGGCGGCGCAGUGCGCGAUGGCUCGGCGCCAAACGCGAAUGCCGGAUGUCUGGGAAACGAGAAUCGCGAGGCUCACUUUGCGAUUGCGGCGCUGCAGCAGUGGGACAACAAGACGGAGGACUCGAGAUGUGCCGCUUCGGCCGAUGGAUGGACAAACACUCGCCUAGGUCCCUACCCCUCGUUCCUGGAGCGCGAAAGCCGCCAGCGCGUAGCGGCGACGUUUGGACGCGAGAACCUCGAGCGCCUCCUCGAGGUCAAGAGGCGCGUCGAUCCGCAGGGCCUGUUCAAGCACAACUUCUUGGGCAGCGCGACCUCGGAUGAGCCGCAGCCUCUGCCAAACACGUCCGUGGAACACGCGACGCCCAGUCAACAGGCCGAGGCUGGCCGGAGCUGAUGGCGAGGACGGGCUCGCCUCUCUGCGACGCUUGUGCUUCUCCUCUGCCUGACUCUGCCUCGUCGCCUCUCUCCCUCUCUCUUUUCUCCUCUUCUCGCAAGUCUCCUCUCGCAACGCUCUCUGCUACCGCUCUAUCUCCCGUCGCUCUCCAUCUCUCGUCGCAUCAUACAGCGCACCCGCUUGCGCCUCUACAGCCCUCGCUCAAACUCAUCGUCUUCGUCUCGCUCUCUCUCGCCGCUCGCAUCGCCUCUCUACUUCACACACUCACCUCUCAACCCUCACUCCUCUCUCGCUCCGCGCGGCCGCACUCCGCCUCCUCUCUCUGUAUUCCACCUCUCACAGCCGGGCCCUCGUAUGGGGCCGCGCGACACGUUCUCAAGCACACACACACUCUGUCUCUCUGCUGCCCUCUUCUCGCAAAGUGGCGAAAAUCGUAUGUCUUAG